CCAGGUUCAUAAUGGAUAUGAGGAAGUUUUUUCAAAAACAGGAGCCACAUUCAGAGACACAAUCAUGAGUGGCCACGAGGACACAACAAGAGGAGGAGGUGGGCGGGGCAUCUUCCUCAGCGCUCACCGCUGCCCUGAAGCCGAUGUGCUGCCUCAUCAAACUGCUGAGGCACAAAUCCUUCCACUUUGUUGUCUAGUUCCUGCAGAGAAGAGCUCUGAGUUCACCUGCACAGGUGAGGCAGAUUACCUGGACUUCUGCUCCACACAUUGCUCCGAGGCAGACGAGGAGGUGGAAGACGAGGGGAGUGUCAGCGACUGGUCGGAGGAAGAUCUCUCACUCCACUUCUCUCCCUCUGUCCUCAUCCAAUCAGAUGAUGAAACGUCUGAUCCAGAGAGUGGCUUUGAGUGUGUUGACAUCACCAUAGAGACACAGGUAAAAGGUCAGGAUGCAGAGGGGCUAAAGAUGGUGCCUAAACGGCAGAUUCACCUGAAGAAGAAGAAGGACGGCGAGGACAGCGCUGAACAGGUGAUACUGAAGGAUGUUCCUGCUGAGGGCAGAGGAAUUAACAACGAUGCGUCAGCUAAUGAGCUGCUGCGUCCCACUACUCGUUCACGGCCUGAACUAUUACUACGGCAACACAGUAUGCCCACCUCCUUUCACGCCACCUCAAAUACCAGCAGUGAUGUUGAGAGCUACGGGGUCUACAAGGGCCUGAUUGCAGGGGCUGGCCAAGGGCUCCUGACUGGAGGAAACUCACAGCGUCUUCAGAAGUCGUUUUCUCUGGAUGAAACCAAAACAAAGAUGGCAUCCUGCCUCAUUAAGAACGUGCUGUCGAAAAAGAUGCAGGUGGAACAGUACAACCUGAAGAAGAAUCUGGAGGUAUCACCUGUCCUGCCUCUGGAGCAUCAGACAGGAGGAGGCGGGGUCAGAGCUCCGGUUCACGUGGUGAGAGACGUGAGGAGUUUAGUUAAACACACAUACGGCCACUCAUUUGCCACAUCAGCUGCGUCACGAGACAACAAGUCAACAAGCUGCAAAACAGUUGGCCAGGAGGAUAGCCCUCCCCCCACUUACCAGCAGGCUGUGGGGGUCAAAGGUCACUUCUCCAAGGUUGCUGUGUCUUUCAGCCAAUCACAAGACAAGAAGCAGAGUAAAUCAUCCAGACAGCCGAUGACACAGCAGAGACGAGGAAGUGAGCCGAUUAUCAGCCGAGGUUUAGAGCACUUAGACCCACCCACUUUGAAGCCCAACCCAUCAGCGAGAGCUGUGACUCCACCUUCCCACCAGGGCACCCGGCCACUGCUCGGUGCUCAGGAACAGAGCUCCAUCCUGGGUGUGUCCUCUCCGUCUGCCCCUGGCUCCUCCCAGCACCUCCUGCAGAUCCCCUUACCCAGCAGCCUGCACCCUCACUUGGGGAAGGCUGGCUAUGUCCACACCCCUUUGAGCUACAUCCAGACCCAGCAGUCCACACCUGGUCCAAGCAUCCACCUGCCCUGUAGGUCCGAGGAGUUCCAGAACCAGCAAACGGGAAACUUCUCUGAACAAGUGGACCCGACCAAAACACAACGAGAGCGAGAGGGUCUGAGCGGGACAGCAACGCCUCCGAGCCAGAACCAACCAGAGCUUCAGCAGCAACACCUGCAUCCACAGCCGUUUCUGUGCAGCGUUCCCAGUCUCUUACCUGCACAGGUAUCUGGGGACUUCCUUGUCGAUGUGUUGGGCUCUGCUGCAGCACCUGGAGCCUUCGUCAGAGUUCCCGCCCCAUGUCAACUGAUGUUAGACCCUAAAAGUGCGCGGUUCUUCUAUGCUGACACGUGCCUGCAGCAUCAGAGGAAGAUGCUCCUGGAUCCAGAAACUGGACAGUUCUUCCAGGUGUUCUUACCUCUAGCUGGCUCCGCCUCCAGUGCUGCCAUGUUCCCAGUGGCCUGUGCUAACCCCGCCCCCACUGUGAUCCAGGUGGGCGCCACUAACCCCAUGUUGCUCUCAGUGAUGCCGUUCCAGCGAGCAGUGGGCGUGUCCUCAUUUUACGGCCUUCCUGUCACUGUGAUGGCGUCAAACCAACAGCACAGCGAUGACAUCACACACACUUUGUCUGGUCAUCACUGAUCAUUGAUCAUUGCUUUGAUAUUGAUUUGUAUUUGUUUGCACUCUGUGAUAUCACAUGUUUGAGUUUUGUACUUUUCAUCACAAACACACAAUCAGCAAAAACAUUUAUUGAUUAUUGAUUGAAACAUUGUAAAAAGAAAAAACAUCAAAUUCACUCAAAGAAAACAAAACACACCAAUACUGGAGACAAACUGGGACUUGUACUAGGAACCAGUCAGUCCAACUGCUUAUGUUAAAAAAUACAAACUUAAUAUUGAUUGAUUCAUACUGAUUAAUACUGACCAGUAUUGGCUAAUAUUGAUCAACACAUUUUUAAAACCUAUGUGAUUUUCUCACUGCACUCUCUCUUGUUUUUAUGCAAUGGCACAAUUUUUUAUGGGACAGCCAAUGCUGAUGCUCACCUGUACUGUUCUGAAUCUGAUUUUAACCCAGCCCUCCAUCUUUGACCCUCUAAACACGAGUGAGAGCACGAGUGAAAGUGUACACUAACGAUAUGGAGUCAUGAUUAAAGUCAUGUAACUAAAGAUACUGCCAUCGGAAACCUGUUGAAGUCACGUGACUUCCUCAGGUGGACUUUAUUUGGAACAUACCUGUAUCUAAUUAACUUUAUUCUGAUUUUGUGAUCUGAUGUAUCUGAAAAGCAUUGCAGUCGGCCAUCGAUGUUGUUGCCAUGGUAAAAAAGGUGAAGUGCAGCUUAAACUGUAAUAAAAUCAACAGUUCCAUUUC